AUGGGGUUCCUCCGCAAAAGGCCUGCGCCGCCAAGUCAGACUCAGACCACGGUCUUUUUCCGCGUCCGACUUGGCGAUCCCUCUGUGACAUACGGCCAACACGAUGCCUAUGUGAGAUACUGCCAAAACGUCUACAUCGAUCGGUGUUCACUCACCAAGCUCUUUCUUGCUGAGCACGCACUACGUGAACUUACGCAGCGUGAGGAACGGCUACACCACAAGGUUAUGGCCUUACAAAAGGCUGUGGCUAUCGGAUCUGAUGUGAGGUCUGAUGCAACCAAUCUCGAGGACGCACAGACACAGCUUGAAACGGCACGAGCGCAAUACCCUGGAAAGGCGCAAGCCCUUUUCCAAGCAGAGUACAUGUUACCCUCAAGCCUUAAGGCGUGA